CACGUGGUCGCCACUCGGUGUGCUGAUAUAGCAGGAGGCAGAAGCGUGGCGUGCCAGCGCCUGGAGAGGCCUGCAGGACACUGCCGCCGACAAGCCCCUGCAGGAUGUACGCCCGCCGCCUGCUGGUGCUGCUUGUGGCGGCGUCGACGUCGUCGUCAUGGGGGCAGGACCACGGGCCGCCCGGCCAGGAGACGACGGUGGCGCGACUGCCGCUGGAGGCUGUGCCCUACCACUACGAGCUGGAGCUGGCGCCCUACUUCCAGCCAGAGGGGGACUUCCAGGCGCUGGACGUGGACGGGCAGGUCACCAUCCACCUGGAGGUGCAGGACAGCCAGACGGACACGAUUACACUGCACGCCGGUGAUUCGGUGACCAUAGACCCAGCUGACAUCAGGGUGAGGAGCACUGCUGAGGACGGCAGCGAGCAGGAGUUCACAGUGGACGACGCGACGCGGGACUGGGACAGCGAGAUGGUCAACAUAUCGCUGGGCACGCAGCUGUCUGGAGAACUGAGCCUGGUCGUGCCAUUCCGGUCGCGGCUGCGCACCGACAUGGACGGCUUCUACCUCAGCGAGUACCAGGCUGGCGGGCAGACCCGGUACCUGGCGGCGACGCAGUUCGCCCCCAUGAGCGCCCGCAAGGCGUUCCCCUGCUUCGACGAGCCGGCGCUCAAGGCCAACUUCAGCGUGGCCGUGUACCCGCCCGCCGGCUACGCCGCGCUCUCCAACGGCGCCCUGGACUCGGCGACAGCUGCCGCCACCCGCCACACUCGCAGGACCCUGCCGGCAGCGGAGAGUCGCGGCGCCGUGACGUUCGAGACGACGCGGCCGAUGCCCACCUACCUGGUGGGGGUGGUCGUCUACGACGCGGAGACCUUCACCGCCGACGAGAGGCCGGCCUCCGAGUCGUGGGGCGCCCUGCGGGUCUGGUCGAGGCAGGACACGGCCGACCAGCGCGGCCUGGCGCAGGACGUGGCCGCCGCCGCGCUCGACUACCUGGGCGGCCUCUUCCCGGACUUCUUCCGGUACAUGGUACCCAAGAUGGACCAGGUCGCUGUCCCGGACUUCUACUUCGGUGCCAUGGAGAACUGGGGGCUCGUCACGUACAGGGAGCGGGCGCUGCUGGUGGACGAGGCCGAGAGCUCGGCAGCGGCGCAGCGCUACGCCGUCACGACGAUGGCGCACGAGCUGGCGCACCAGUGGUUCGGCGACCUCGUCACGCCGGACUUCUGGAACGUGCUCUGGCUGAAGGAGGGCUUCGCCACCUACUGGGCCUACCACACCGACCUGGGUCUGGUGACGGACUGCUGGGGGCUGAGGGAGCACUUCCUGGUGGAGCAGAUGGCCAUCGCGCUGGACGCCGACGCCUCAGAGUCCACCCACGCGCUCACCUCCGCCCCGGACACGGCCGCCCUCUACGACGACAUUAGCUACUCCAAAGGUGGUUCAAUCCUGCGUAUGUUCAGCAACUGGCUGGGUGAAGAUCAGUUCAACAAGGCACUGAACACAUACCUCCUAAAUAGGAUGUACAGUAGUGCACUGCAGGAGGACUUGUUUGCUGCAGUAGCAGAGGAGGGAUACCCGGAGCUGGCGGACUAUUUGGAGACCUGGACCACCACACCUGGCUUCCCAGUCAUCAACGUCACUCGUGAGGGGAAGAAUGCCACCCUGUCACAGGCCAGGUACCUGCUGAAGCGCCCAGAGAACAGCACUUACUCCACUCCUUGGCCCUCACUUGUCUCCUAUGUGGUGGGCACAGACUUCCAGCAGACAGCCACGAUGAGUGUAUGGGUCAUGGGGGAGGAACCGACCACCAUAGAUGGUUUAGCAGCGGAGGAGCCACUGUUCCUCAACCUCAACUGGACAGGCUUCUUCCGCAUCAACUAUGACGCUGCAAGCUGGCGACUGAUUCAGGAGCAACUGACAUACAACCACCUGGCGGUCCCACGGGAGACGCGAGCCCAGUUGGUGUCUGAUGUGUUCAGCCUGGCACGUUCCGACCAUCUGGACUAUGAGCUGGCCCUCAACUUCUCACUAUACCUGUACCAGGAGGAGGACUACCUGCCGUGGGCCAUCACCUUCCGCGUCUUUGACUACUUGGACACUUUCCUCAUUUCCACUGGACACUACCCUGCAUUUCAGAGCUACGUGAAGUCCCUCCUCGAACAGUUUUAUUGGACGCUGACAUUCUCUACACGCCCGGACGACGACCACAUGACGAGGUCACUGCGUGCGGGGGUUGGGAAGUGGCUGUGCCGUGCGCGCGACUCCUCCUGCCUCGACUACGCGUGGCAGCUCGCGCAGGCAGCAUCCAGUCCCUCAGAUGCCAAUGUGGACCCGGACAUGCGAGCGGCUGUGUACUGCGAGUGGGCGACAGACAAUGCCCAUUGGGAAGCGCUGUGGCAGCACUACCUGCAGACUAAUGUCACCACAGAGAAGCAAGAGGUGCUCUCCGCUCUAGGCUGCUCCCAGGAUGAGGAGAAGCUCAACAUGUAUCUGGGUUAUACCCUGGAAAAAGACAAAAUCAAGCCACAGGAUGCGCAGACUGUUUUUACGAGCGUUUGUACAACACCUGUGGGAGUGAAAGUUGCAACUGACUUCAUUGUAAACAACGCUGAAGCCUUUGCACAGAGCAGAUAUGCAGAAAAGAUCAUAUCAGGACUUGCAAAGAGAGUUACAACAGAAGAGCAGCUUACCCAGCUACAGUCCCUCCAGUCACUCGAGGCACUGCAAAAGAUAAAUUCGACAGUGGAUUCUGCCAUAUCAGCCGCGACAGCACAGGUGGAGUGGGCAGACUCCCAUAUCGGUACUAUUGGCAGCUGGCUGGAGGGAGGCAAUUUCUUUCCAUCUGGCACUUCGAGAAUGUCUUACAACAUGAUGGCCAUCAUACCUGUUAUUUCUGUGGUGCUUCUCAGUAGCAGUUUUUGUGUGUUUUAAGAUGACCAUUCUGCCCCACAAAGUUGUGGUUAUUCCAGUGUGGAGUUUUAAUUAUGUUUUGUUGGUGUAUGAAAUUUUAAAUCACCCGACAAUUUUCUCAGUAAAUGAUACUGUGGAGCUUGGACUGUAUGGUACAAAAAUUUAUUCAACCAAGCUUCCUAAAAAAAUAAAUUUGUUGUGACAGUUGUUUGUUGUAUUUCAGCUUUACAUGUAUUUAGAAAUGCUGUCACAUUAUUUGCUUUUUGGUAAAUUCCUUUAAAUCAGUUAUCACUCAUUUCCAUCGGGGUUUUAUUCUUGAUGCUAGCAGUCAAUUACAGUUAUUAUUACUGUUACCAAGUUUGUCAUUCAUGGUCAGUAGUGCACCAAGAUUACAAUUUCAAGAUGUGCUGAAUAUAAUAAUGUAGACACAAAAAUUUAUAGUAAACGUUCAUAGUACAGUUCUGCCACUCUGUUAAAGUACAUUUAAUCCAUCUGUUUUUGUACUAACAUGGAAAUUCAGUCAAGUGUAGUGGUAACUGUCUUGGACCACAUCUUGAUAAUGCUUUUUUUAAAAAAAACUUAAUUUAGUUUAUGUGCUUGGAAGAUUAAACAGUGACCAAACACGGACAAGCAACGGAUUUGGACAUUUUGUCAGAACUUGAAGAUUUUUAUAUUGUUAUUAGAGGAAAUAAAGAAAACUAUGAUGGCCUAUAUUUUGUGCA